AUGGAAAAAAGAGGGCACCUCGAGGACCUCCCUAGACUGGCGAAGUCGACGGGCUCCAGGCCCUCCGUACCACCGCUGAACCUCGCGGCUGCGAAAUGUGCGGCCGGCAGUGAGGGCACGCCAACGACGCAGCGACUGAAGACACAGUCCUCAUCACGGCUGUCGCGAAGGCUCAAGAUGGAGGCCCAGGCCCAGCGAACUCCGUUGCCGAGCCGCCUUGCUUCGAGCUUCUUCUUUGGAGCUUGUACCACCGCCACAAGCCCCAAACCACCGAGCAAUCCCAACGACGUCUUCACCGAGACUGGUAGGUUCACAGUGACACCAUUUGUGGGAUUGAAGCGCCCGCUCCUUUCCCGGGCGUGCGUGCCCAAGCUGGGUCUCCCUUCUGGUGGCCGAGCGCCGGUGCAGACCGGCGAUGAUCUCGCGAAGAACCUUGGGGAAUCCUGCUUACUGGCUGACCUCGGUCCGCUUUUACGAAUGAAGCAGGAGAAGGCUGUCCAGGAUGCCGUUGCCGCUCGAAGUGGCAGUAGCAAUGCCAGCAUUGCGAGUGGGUCGGACGCGCAGCAGACGAGCACUGCGUAUGCGAAUCGAAUCGGUUCGCAGGAGAGUUUGCCCUCACUGUGCACUCCCACACCUCGUGACUCACAGGUCACGUCGAGGCGGCAGAUGCCGUAUCGGUGCAUCCGACUGAACAUCUGCCUCGUGCUGGAGCGCGUCUGCAACAGCAUUCCUCCUGGGGGUGCGAUCAUGUUCGAGGUCCCUGUGAGCCAGAUCUACGAGAUGUUGCACACAUCUUGUUCCAGAUCAGGAGCGUGUUCCUUCGACCUGGGCAAGCGCAACGAAGUCAGUGAGGCAGAAGAGGUAACUUGGCCUCAGACCUCGCGGAUUCUCGGUUGCCUUGCGCCACGCCGCGCCUCGGCGCUGCGACGGCUGGCGCAACGUCUCUGGCGCUGUGCCGGCAUUCAGCGCUGUGUCUGUGGAGCUGACAGCGGCCGUGCUGACGACCCUUGCAGUCCUUGCACUUGCUUGGAUGAUGCCACUGCUGCAUGCUUGUGGCGGCUGCUGGCAGAGCAUGCGCGACAGGUGGAGUUGGCGUUGGCCCAAAGAUCCAAGCACGUGCCUUGCCCUCACUUUCACGGAGAGCUGGACACCACGGCCGAAGCUGAAGCUGCAGACAGAGAAGGCGCCUCUUGCGAUGCACAGGAGGACUAUCACUGCUCUGCGCAGAAGUUCCUGCACAGGCUGCGCUCGGACAGCUUCUUGUCCUUCCUCGCAGCCUCGCUCCGACAGCUGCUUUGGAAGCUGAAGGCCAAUCUGAAAGCCGGCACUGCUGGCCCUGAGGUGACGAGGAACUUUCAACUUCAGUUGGCGCGGUCCUUGCAAUUGGCUGCACAGUACUUGCGCAGUGUGCCGGGCAGGCUGCUGCCGCACUUGGCGGCCCAGGUCCUCGCAGCGCCGCUGGUGGCACUCAAGGGCCAUUUAGCAUCUUCCGCCUGGGGACCACUGGCUGCAGCACCGCGAGGAGAUGGCCAGACCUGUGCCUUGCGCCUCUGGGCUUCUUACCUGGAGCUCGUUGGAGUCCUGCUCCAGGGGGCUCUGCGCUCAGGUGGCGUUGGCUGCCAGCUGGGCCACCUGCUCAUGGUGAUGUUGCUCGACUUCCCGUGUCCACUAGGGCACCGGGCGUCUCUGCUGAGCCUGCCCUCGGCUCGAGCGUUCAAGAUGCCAAGCUCACGCUCCCAAGCGGAAUCUGCAGAGGCACCGAGCCAACGGCCCUCCAGCGGACUCUUCACCCUUUGCUCCGGGCCCGUGAACCAGCCAGGGUCGGUACGGGCAGCCGGCGCGAAGACCGCGCCGAAGGUCUCGAGCUUUUGGGACAGCCUCCCCAAAAUCGUGGAGAGGCUCCUGCAAGAGAAAGCCGAACCCUUGAGUUUGGAGACUCUGCAGUGCUGCACAUUGUCCUUCGUGGAGGCUCUGCUGGACUUUGCCAAUGCUCUCAGCACGGAGUGCAAGGAGUGUGGCAACUCCAGGGCAGGCGACUCUGCGCCGGAAGCCACACGAGCGCUCGUGGGCUCCGAGGCGAUGCUUCAGAAGUUGUUGGAGUGGUUUCAAUUUCUUUUCCUCCCGCCAUCGGGUCUCAUAUGCAAGCUUGGCGGUGCCACGGUCAGUGCCAGUCUGAUGCGGCGGGUGGUGUCUUGUGAACGGGCCCUGUUCUCUGCACCGAUGGUGUCUAACUCCGUCUAUGCCCGGAAAUACAGCGUUCUGGAGCACUAUGUUCGUCGGCACUUCCUGGCAUUUGUGGCAUUGCCUGGGCCCGAGACAGGUGCACAGUGUACGUGCAUGCUUCCAUUUGCAGUGCUUGUUCCUGUCGGGUGUGUCUUCAAGUAG